AUGGAUAUGCGUCGGAUAACAGUAGAAGAAGUGUGGCCAACUAUACAACCUGGGAUCGACAAUAUAAUUGACAUUAUCGAAGGUAUCGUAGAUGAAAUAAUCACUAACGAAGAAAGAGUCUUGCCCAAUUUGGUGGGAAAAAGAGGUGACAUUUUGUUGCAAGAAGUUGUGAAAAGAUGGGAUAAUCAUAAAUACAUGACAGUAUGGACUACCAAAUUCUUUGUCUACCUUAACAAAUACUUUAUUCCUGGUAGUCUAUUGCCCACUUUACAAGAAUCAAGCUACUCAAUCUUUCAUAGACGGGUCCUCGGUGUUCAUGAAGUUAUGGAAUCGAUAACGCGUAUGAUUCAUAGGGUACGCAUUGGAGAUCAACGAAUUAAUCAAGAUUUGCUAAAGAGCGCGAUAGAUAUAUAUGUGAAUAUCGGGAAGAAUUACUAUGAGGAUGAUUUUGAAGAAAAAAUCUUGGAGAAAACUCACCAAUUCUAUUCUCUCAAGGCCUUGAAGUGGAUUAAUGAUCCAAACAUAUCCUACCAAGAUUACAUGCUUAAGCUUGAUGAAAGUCUGAUGAGAGAAAGACACUGGGCCGGCUUAUACGUGAAAGAAGACACGAGAAAGAAGUUGUUAAAGAUUGUGAAUCAUGAGCUGGUGAAUGUGCACACUAUACAAUUAGAAGAAAAGAGGAAACGUCGCAGGCUUAAUUGA